AUUUAAAUUACACAUGCUGUUGUUAUAUGACGUAGCAGAUCAAUCAAUAGUUCUGCUUUUGUUUGCAUUCAAUGGCAAGGGAGAAUUUUAUUCUGCUUUUAAAUAUCGCAAUCCUCUUCGCCCAUAAGGCGUAUUUGUGUACACGUAGUUGACUUUAGAACGAAUACCUUUGUAUUUUUACUAUGAAUAAGGAAUGAGUUGUGAUAAGAGUCAUAUCUUUUAGGUCCGACUUAAAUCGUUCAGGUCCAAUACAUUUACCUGAAAUGAAUGGAUUAUAGUGUCACUCAUUACCAGGUGUGUAGGAAGUGUGUGGUAUAAUAUUUUGACACUUACAAGUACUGGAAUUCAAAAUGUCGGAUCUUGAAAGUGGUAUGGAGGAUCGAAAUAAAAGGGAAGAAAGUGUAAUAGAGGAAAAACUGAAGUCGGAUUUUUCUGAGGUGUUAGAUCGAUUAGAUGAUAUUAAGAUCGAUGCUGAUUUAGAAAUGUCAGAUGUGACGAGAGCUGAGGAGGAACAAGAAGAAGAGGGAUCAGAAACCCAGUCUCUCGGGGCAAAUUCCUCCGCCUCAGAGGUUACCGGUGACAAAGGGAGUACAGGCAGCGGUCAGGAUGUAUCCCAGGACAUUAAAACGUCAGAAAAGAGCGUCUCGAAACGCGAAUCGUCAGAGAGGGACAAGAAGAAAGGGGGAUCUGUGUUAUCUAAGCUUCGAAAACUUACAAAGUUUGACAAAGCUCCUAAAAGCAAGCCUGUAACGGUUCCUGAUUCUAAGUUUCUCACUAUACGUGUAGACAAGUUACCACAGAUUUUCGUAGCGAAAUAUCUUGGAAAGAAAGAAGUGAAAGGCUUAUUUGGACUUCAUCAUGUGCGGAAACCGGUAGAUGAACUCGUGAAAGUGGUUAAAGACAGUUUGUUGGCAAACGAGAAAGUGGAGUUGCCUCUAACUUAUGUGGUCAUUUCCGGUCGAGGAAUUGACAUCAGGGAGCACAAGGCCAACACUGUCAAGGACAAGGUCAAUUAUGGACUCAUACCAAUCGACUUUAUUUCCUACGGUGUCCAAGACCUCAAAUACUGGAAAGUGUUUACUUUUAUUGUGGUGAAUCAAUUAUCUUCAAGAACCAAAGAAAUGGAAUGUCACGCUUAUAUGUGCGAUUCAACAGCAAAUUGUCGACGAAUGGCCCUGGCCUUAGGAGUUUCAUUUAACGUAUACAAACACAAAUUGGCUACACAAGGAAAAGCUCACAAUUUUCAGGUGGAAUUAAGACCCCCGGACGAACUUGCCGAUGAGUUUGGAAAGGAUUUCGAAGCUUGAUCAUGACUUUUUUUCUCCCAAGAGAAAACAUGUACAUGUAAUUUGUGUUCAACUUUUUAAAACUAAGUUUCAAUGAGAGUAUACUACUUGCCAUUUAUUCAUGAAAGCAUCCAGUAUUUAUUCGAAUUAUUUAAGUUGUUUCUUUUUAUUAUACUGUCAGUCUGAUAAUUUGGAAUCUAAUACGAAGUUUGUGUCACAUUGAAUGAUUCAGUCAGCAUGACCGAGUACCCCCUGAACUGUAAGCUGUCCAUAUAUAUAUGAGGUGACGCACCUGGUUUGCUUACAAUGUACAACAAUGUGUUUGUUGUUUGCUAUUGACACUGUGACCUGUUCAGAUCACCUUAAUUUUAAAGUGUAGGAUCAAGUUACAACUGCAAUUCAUUGCUACAACAAUAGGUGCCAUUCAAACUCAGGAAUUUUCUCUCCAGUCUUGUCUAUAAAAGGGGAGAAAUCGCUGAAGCAAACGAUGUCAAUAUUCGUGUAAAGUAUUCAUGCCUUUGGCUGUAACAAGAUAAAAUCUUGUGCAUGUUACUUUUAUUUAAAAUUCAGACUUGAACAGUCCUAAUCAUAAGGACAAAUAUUUUUAUAUUUAACCAUUAUAAAUGGCCAAUGACUCA